AUGGAGAGCCUCAUGCCCACCUCCCUCAUCCUCAUUAUCCUUCUCAUCACCACCACAAGCCUCCUCAGCAUCACCUUCUACCGCCUCGUCCUCUCCCCAAUCUCACACAUCCCCGGCACUCCCCUCUGGUGCAUCUCUCGUCUCCCCUUCGCAUACCACGUCUGCGUCGGACGAAUAACCUACACCAUCGCCAGCCUUCAUGAUCAGUACGGACCUGUGGUUCGAGUAGCGCCGAAUGAGAUUUCGUUCAUCACGCCAGAGGCCUGGAACGAUAUAUAUGGUAUGGUGAAAGGUGAGGAUGGGGGAAAGGUACAGAUGAGGAAGGAUCCAGAUUUGUUUUUCAGGCCGAGUGAGGGGAGUAAGGAUAUGACGUUUGAGCUGGAUGAUGUUGAGCAUGCUAGGCAAAGAAGAGUGUUCUCUCAUGCUUUCUCGGACAAGAGUCUCCGUGAUCAGGAGCCAAUUAUCGCUAGCUACAUCAACAAGAUGAGUGAUCGACUACACGAGAUAUGUGACAAGCCUGUCAAUAUGUCUGCGUGGUUCAACUACGUCCUCUUUGAUACGAGUGGAGAUUUGGUUCUCGGUGAUUCGUUUGGCUGCCUUGAGAAUGGCGCUUUACAUCCAUGGAUCAACAACCUCUUCUCUGUCACCAAAGGCAUUACUCUCAUGGGUAUGACGCAGCGCUUCUGGCCUUUGACACCGAUCUUGAUGUUCUUCGUACCGAAGAAGAUGCGGAAUAUGGAGGUUGAGCAUCGAGCUCUGAUCAAAGAGCGAUUGGAGAAGAGGUUUGCCAAGACGACUCCUAGGAAAGAUAUAAUCUCAACCAUAGCACCCUUCCUUAACGCCCCAGGACCAAAUAGCAUCACAACCACAGAACUCUACCACAACACUUCAAUUCUCGUCCCCGCCGGCUCCGAGACCAGCGCCACCACCCUCACAGGACUGCUCUACUACCUUCUUACUAACUCUCGUACCCUAUCCAAUCUCAAAACCGAGGUCCGCUCUGCCUUCUCCAACGCAAGCGACAUCACCAUGGAAUCCGUCAUGUCACUAACCUACCAAAACGCUGCUAUCAGCGAAGCUUUUCGCCUCUUUACGCCUCUACCGGGCUCCAUGAGACGUAUCACUCCUCCAGGAGGAAGUACCAUCUCCGGCAUCUAUAUCCCCGGGAACACCAUCGUCGCAGUCGACAGCUACGCAGCAUCUCACUCCUCCUCCAACUUCCACGAUCCCGAAGCAUUCAUCCCCGAACGCUGGCUGACACCUCAAGAUCUAGCCUCUGUCAACCGGCCCAAGGAUUUCGCGGCGGAGUUCAAGAACGAUAAGAGGGGUGUUGUGCAGCCGUUUAGUACUGGGCCGAGGAACUGUAUUGGGCAGAGGCUGGCGAUGGCGCAGAUACGGUUGAUUGUUGCGAGGCUGACGUGGGAAUUUGAUUUUGAGCUCGACGAAGAGAGUAUGGGCUGGGUGGAGGGAAUUAAGGUCUAUACAAUGUAUGAGAGGCCACCCUUGAUGUGUAGGCUGACGCCUGUUCGGCGAAGGGAGUAA